CGCUACGACGAUUCGCCCCCGUGCAACAUCAGAUGGGUGUCCGGUUCUACUCGGCUGGGGGUGCAUUGGGUAAGGACGAGGUUGAGGGGAGGAUCAUGGAUCUUUUGAAGGGCUUUGAUAAGGUUACCAACCAGGAGAAGCUGACCCCCGCCGCUCACUUCGCCAACGACCUCGGACUGGAUUCUCUCGACACCGUUGAGGUGGUCAUGGCCAUCGAGGAGGAGUUUAGCAUUGAGAUACCAGAUAAGGAGGCUGAUAAGCUCCACAGCGUUCAACAAGCCGUGGAGUACAUCACAAGUCAGCCUGAUGCGCACUAAGCAGUCAAUGACAGGAAUGGUGGAAUAGUGAGUGAUUGAAGCAUUCGACUUCUGGGCUGGUUGCGUUCACCUCCGCUAUAUAGAAAAAGAGCAUGCAGUGCUGUGAGGCUGAAAUGGAGCAAAUGGGAGCAACAUAUGUAAUAUUACAGCUUAGGAAAACUGGUUUGUUAAAUCUGAAUUGCUUCUGAGACGGGACCAUGUCCUCCAUGAUAUUCUGACGCCUUCAUCCUCAUCGUCUUCAUCACAGG